AUGCUGAAGUUCCAAGAGGCUGCUAAGUGUGUGAGUGGACCAAUAGCCCUUUCUGCUUAUCCAAAGACCUUGAUUGCAAGAAGAUAUGUAGUUCAACAGAAACUUGGUAGUGGAAGUUUUGGAACUGUCUAUCUGGUCUCAGACAAGAAAGCAAAACAAGGAGAGGAAUUAAAAGUACUGAAGGAAAUCUCUGUGGGAGAACUCAAUCCAAAUGAGACUGUGCAGGCCAAUUUGGAGGCCCAGCUCCUUUCCAAGCUGGACCACCCAGCCAUUGUCAAGUUCCAUGCAAGCUUUGUGGAGCAAGAUAAUUUCUGCAUUAUCACUGAGUACUGUGAGGGCCGAGACCUGGACUGUAAAAUUCAGGAAUAUAAAGAAGCUGGAAAAACCUUUCCGGAAAGUCAGAUAAUCGAAUGGUUUAUCCAGCUGUUGCUAGGAGUUGACUACAUGCAUGAAAGGAAGAUACUUCAUCGAGACUUGAAAUCAAAGAAUAUAUUUCUGAAAAAUAAUCUGCUUAAAAUUGGGGAUUUUGGAGUUUCUCGACUCCUAAUGGGAUCCUGUGAUCUAGCCACCACUUUAACUGGAACUCCUCAUUACAUGAGUCCAGAGGCUCUGAAACACCAAGGUUACAACACAAAGUCAGACAUCUGGUCUCUGGCAUGCAUUUUAUAUGAGAUGUGCUGCAUGAACCAUGCGUUCACUGGCUCCAAUUUCUUGUCCAUUGUUUUAAAAAUUGUUGAAGGUGACACGCCUUCUCUCCCCCAGAGAUACCCAAGAGAACUGAAUACCAUCAUGGAACGCAUGUUGAACAAGAGUCCUUCAUUGAGACCAUCUGCUAUAGAAAUUUUAAAAAUUCCUUACAUUGAUGAACAACUACAGCACCUGAUGUGUAGAUAUUCGGAGAUGACUCUGGAAGACAAGAAUUUGAAUUGUCAGGAGGAGGCUGCUCAGAUAAUUAAUGCCAUGCAAAAAAAGAUCCACCUGCAGACUCUGCGGGCGCUGUCUGAAGUCCAGAAAAUGACACCAAGAGAAAGGAUGCGGCUGAGGAAGCUCCAGGCAGCUGAUGAGAAGGCCAGGAAGCUGAAAAAGCUUGCAGAAGAAAAAUAUGAAGAAAAUAACAAACGAAUGCAGGAGUUGAGAUCUCGGAACUCUGAGCAGCUAACUAUUGAUGUUCUCCAUGAAUCUGAUGACCUGACUUCAGAGAACCUGCCUGAGUCUCAGCCCAUUCCUUCCUUGGAUCUUGGCCCACUUGAGUCAAGUAUAGAAGACACCAUAGCUGACCUUGGAGAUCAUGACAUCCCAGAAGACCCGCUUGUGGCUGAAGAAUAUUAUGCUGAUGCAUUUGAUUCCUGUUCUGGAGAAAGUGAGGAGGAGGAAGAAGAAAUAGUGUUCUCAGGACCGGAGGAAGAGGUUAAGGAUGAAGGACCCCAGCCUGCUUACAGAACAAUCCAACAGGACAGUGAUAUUGAAGCACUGGUCAGGUGUUUGGAAAAUGUCCUCGGUUGCACCUCUCCAGAUCAGCCAUGCAGAAGCUGGGAGCACAAGUGUUUGAGGAGGUCUAUAACUACCUCAAGAGAGCAAGGCACCAGAAUGCCAGCGAAGCCGAGAUCCGGGCAGCUCUAG